UGUCAUUGCAAACAAAUUUAUGAUCGGGACCGACAUUCAAUCGACAGAAGAAAGGGAGUUCACAGGAAAAUAAGAAAGUUUUUAGUUAGACGCCAAGAAAGAGUAAGUGUUGGAGAGCAAAACUAUUGCUAGCCAGAGAGAUGUAUAGACCAUAUUACAACAGACGGUCACACUACAACAGGGAAUAUUCCCCCUAUCCAGAUUAUGAAAUCGAUCAAUCUCAAAGAAGAAUAUGCUCCCUUUUCCAAUCAAGAAUAACACCCAGGUUGGGUAGAAUAAUGCAAAAGCACUAUCAAUUUACAAGGCCUUGGAGCCCUUUUGAUCGAUGGGAAAACCAGGCAUUGCCCACUCUAUUGCCAUCUUGCUCAAAUCUAGCACAGACUGUUUAUCCUGACCCAUCUCCUGACUACAACAUGGUUGCGAGAAGACUCUCAAAAGAAAAGGAACAAAUUGAUGAAGUUAAUUUAUAUCCAGACUUUGAACCUAAUAAUCACGUUUCUGGGGGUAGUUCAGCCAAUUUGAAAGAGAGUUUUUCGGACCCUAGAAAUGACAGUGGAUUUGGUUCUAUAUCAGAUACUCCAUCAAGCUCUAGGCUGCCAGAUUUCAUUCCAUUGAAUUGUGAGGAGGACAGCACUUUUCGUGACCAGAACUCAAGUGCUCAGGAUUUCCGUCCAGUAACUAGUGAUAGAGCUAACAUUAUAUUGUUGGAUGAUGAUGAUGAUAACAGUGUUGUUGCAAUAAGUGAUGAUUAUGAUGAAGAUGACAAUGAACCAAAUGUUGGGGACUUCUUCGCAAAAGAAGAAAACUUGGCAACUUCAACUGGAACAAGUGUUAAAAAUAAUGCCAAAGCCUCUAACAAGCCUCCAGUCCUUAGCAUACAGGAUCAAAUAGCAUGUAAUGUCAAAAACCAAAAACGCUUUUUCAAGUGCGACUAUUGUGAUUUUAAGGCACCAAAUAAAGGAAAGAUGAUGAAUCACUUCAAUACAACUGGACACACAAGCAGUGCUGAAAUUAUGGGGUCCUUUGAGAACGAAACAUACCACUGCAAGUCCAUCAUUGAUCCAGCUGCUGUUCAUUUGAUUACAAGGAAGAGAAGUUUGAAAAACGUAACCGACUUGGUUAUCUUGUGUCCUAUAUGCUUCAAAUACUUUCCCUCAAUGUAUCAGUGUGCUAACCAUGCGAAACGGGACCACAAUGAAAAUGUGUAUGGUGUAGGAAAAGUUGUAAGACAACAGACAACCCAUGUAGCCAUCGGCCUGAAAUGCCUAUGCAUGAGCCAGUUCAACCACGAAUCUGAAGUUGCAAAGCAUGUGCACAAAUGCAAGAAUUACCAAAUCAAUAAGGAAUCCAACAUGUCUUACAUCUAUGUCUGUCCGUAUUGCAUCCGAAUGUUUGACAGCGUAAUGGGAUGUCAUUCCCACAUUCAGAGGGAGGCGGAGAAACAUAAAGUAAAAUAUAACGUUCAGGUACCUAUACUUCUGGUCAGUGAGGAGAUCCCCAAGAAACCAAUGCUACCGUACGCUUGUGGGCCAACUCUACAGGAUACCUCAGAAGACAGAGUGAUUUAUCACCAAGAGAAGAAAAAAGUCAUGAAAGCAUGGAGGAGAAACAAAAGUGUGGUACUGGGCAGUUACCAUAAAAGUAAACAGAAUAUGCGGGCAAUCAAACAUUGAAUUUAACACCAUCCUUUACAAA